CAAGUCUCUCCCUCAACAAGAAGAAGAAGAAGAAGAACCUACUCUCCUUUUGAGGGACAAAAACCUACUCUCCUCUUCCUCUCACUCCUCCUCCGCGGUGUCAAUAUACUUAUGGCCACGACGAGUGCGUGUCCGACACCGUCGACGGUGACGUCGAAUGGGUCGUGGGACGGGGACAACCCACUGCACCACGCGCUGCCGCUCAUCAUCCUCCAGAUCUGCCUGGUGGUGGUCGUCACCCGAGCCCUCGCCUUCGUCCUCCGCCCCCUCCGCCAGCCCCGCGUCAUCGCAGAGAUCAUCGGCGGCAUACUGUUGGGGCCCUCAGCGCUGGGCCGCAGCACAAGGUUCACGGAGAACGUGUUCCCGAAGCACAGCAUGACGGUGCUCGACACCGUGGCCAACAUCGGCCUCAUCUUCUUCCUCUUCCUGGUGGGGCUGGAGCUCGACAUCCGGGCCAUUCGCCGCACCGGCAAGGGCGCCCUGGCCAUCGCCCUCGCCGGCAUCUCCCUCCCCUUCGUCCUCGGUGUCGGGACCUCUGUCGUCCUCCGCUCCACCAUCGUGAAGGGCACCCGCCAGGGCCCCUUCCUCGUCUUCAUGGGUGUUGCCCUAUCUAUCACCGCCUUCCCUGUCCUCGCCCGUAUCCUCGCCGAGCUCAAGCUCCUCACCACCGACCUUGGCCGCAUGGCCAUGUCCGCGGCCGCCGUCAACGACGUCGCCGCCUGGAUCCUCCUCGCCCUCGCCAUCGCCCUCUCCGGCAACGGCUCCCCGAUCGUCUCCCUCUGGGUCCUACUCACUGGCAUCGCCUUUGUCACCUGCGUCGCCGUCUUCCUCCGCCCCGUGCUCGCCUGGAUGGCCCGCCGCUCCCCGGAGGGCGAGCCCGUCAAGGAGUCCUACAUCUGCGCCACCCUCACUCUCGUUCUCGCCGCAGGAUUCACCACCGAUGCUAUCGGCAUCCACGCCCUUUUCGGCGCCUUUGUGGUGGGCAUCGCCGUGCCCAAGGAUGGGCCCUUCGCGGGGGUGCUCAUCGAGAAGGUGGAGGACCUGGUGUCCGGCCUCUUCCUCCCGCUCUACUUCGUCUCCAGCGGCCUCAAGACUAACGUCGCCACCAUCAAAGGCGGCCGCUCAUGGGGCCUCCUUGUCCUCGUCAUCACCAACGCCUGCCUCGGCAAGAUCGUCGGCACCAUCAUAGCGUCUGUCGUCGUCAAGGUCCCCAUACGCGAGGCCGUCACCCUCGGCUUCCUCAUGAACACCAAGGGACUCGUCGAGCUCAUCGUCCUCAACAUCGGCAAGGACCGCAAGGUGCUCAACGACGAGACGUUCGCCAUCAUGGUGCUGAUGGCUUUGUUCACCACCUUCAUUACCACUCCCAUCGUCAUGGGCAUCUACAAGCCUGCCCGGCGAGCAGCGCCCUACAAGCACCGGACGGUGGAGAGGUCGGAUAUGGACAGCGAGCUCCGCGUCCUUGCCUGCUUCCACGGCAGCCGCAAUAUCCCCACCAUGGUCAACGUCAUCGAGUCAUCCCGCGGCACCCGCCGUCGCCGCCUUACCGUGUAUGCCAUGCACCUAAUGGAGCUCUCGGAGCGGUCGUCAGCCAUCUCCAUGGUCCACAAGGCCCGCCGCAACGGCCUACCCUUCUGGAACAAGGGGGGCAACGCCGAUCAGAUGGUCGUGGCCUUCGAAGCGUACCGGCAGCUCAGCGCCGUCACCGUACGCCCCAUGACAGCCAUAUCCGACCUCGACACCAUCCACGAGGACAUCGUCACCAGCGCUCAGCAGAAGCGCGCCGCCCUCAUCCUCCUCCCCUUCCACAAACUGCAGCAGAUCGACGGCACCUUCGAAUCCAUAGGCCACGCAUACCAUCUCGUCAACCAGCGCGUCCUCCGCCACGCACCCUGCUCCGUGGCCAUUCUCGUGGACCGCGGCCUCGGCGGAACCACUAAGAUCACCUCCAACGAGGUAUCCUACACAGUCGCGGUCCUCUUCUUCGGCGGCCCCGACGACCGCGAGGUCCUAGCCUACGGCACGCGCAUGGCGGAGCACCCGGGCGUUUCCCUCAUGGUUCUCCGCUUCCUCCCGGCCGCUACAGUGGACCAGGAUGAGCUUGCCAAAGAUGAGGCCUGCAUCUCCAACUUCAGGGCCAAUUUGCCAUCCUCGUCGGCACCCGAUGGGUCGGUCAAGUACGAGGAGACAUCGUCUUCGGACAAGGCGGGAAUCAUAGCGGCCAUCAAGAACUUAGGCCGGUGCAACAUCUUCAUCGUGGGCCGCUCGCCGCCGGCGGUCGCCCUGGUCGAGAAGAGCGACUGCCCGGAGCUGGGACCCGUGGGGAGCUACCUGGCCGCCUCAGAGUUCUCGACCACAGCGUCGGUGGUUGUGAUCCAGAGGUACGAUCCCAAGGGGGACACGUCCACGCUGGUGGAGGAGGUAGCGGUGGUGCACGAUGUGCCCGACACACCGCUGGCCUUUGCCACGCCGGAGUCUUCCCUCCACGACAAAGGAAAAGGCAGGUAGACUGGAAGUUGUGGUCAAUAAUACCAUACCACAUCAGGCGGCUUCCCUUUGGCGUUGGAGAGGGAAGCGCGCCUAUGGUUCCAUGCUUGUCGAUCUCUAUUGCCGGCCUGUUAGUUCAGCCUUUUCGUCCAUACAUAGUGGAGUAUGCGAUGAGCACGGAGUGUUGACGAUAGUGUAAUGAGGAACAGCAUCAGUGUACGCAGGUAGAAGAGGAUGAUACAUGUCAGCAUCAUGCUCUGCUCUCUUCACUUGUACCACAACCUCACAAAACAUUUCCUUGUUACAGAAGUGUACGCAAUGAACUUUGUCGUCGCAAAAAGAAACCCUCGUUAUAUUUUGGCUA